GGUUGCCAUGGCGACGCGUGGGUGCCCGAAGGCCGGGCCCAGGGGCCUUCCCCUUUCCUGGCCCGAAAGUGCUAGUCUCCUAAAGCUACCGCUGCCCACCGGGCCCCAGAAGGGCCCCGCGGUCUGAGACCUUCAAGGACUUCUCCUCCGUCGCGGUGCUGCCCUCCACCUCCCUCCGCCAUCCAGCCGAAGCCGGCUGGAACAUAGCUCGCUGGGGGCUCUGGGUACAGCAGGCUCUCCAGCGUGACCCCCUGGGCCAGGUCGCAGCCCUUUGGUGGUAGGGCCACAACUGAAGUCUAUCUCGGCCCCGGCACUGCUGCUGCCUGAGGACCUGAGAGGUCCCCCAGGGGGAUUUUUGUAAAGAGGCCCCCAAGGAAGAGCCCUAGGUGAAGCUUUGGUGAAUCCAAGGGCUUUCAGACUGGAAAGGCCUUCGUCUCCCCUGGUAGUCUCCACCAUGAUCCACAGUCUCUUCCUCAUCAACUCCUCUGGAGACAUUUUCCUGGAGAAACACUGGAAGAGUGUUGUCAGCCGUUCUGUUUGUGAUUACUUUUUUGAGGCUCAGGAGAGAGCCACUGAGGCAGAAAAUGUGCCUCCAGUUAUUCCUACCCCUCACCACUACCUCUUGAGUGUUUACCGCCAUAAGAUCUUUUUUGUGGCUGUGAUCCAAACAGAGGUCCCACCUCUGUUUGUCAUUGAGUUCCUUCACCGAGUAGUGGACACGUUUCAGGAUUAUUUUGGAGUGUGUUCAGAGCCAAUGAUCAAAGACAAUGUCGUUGUAGUGUAUGAGGUACUGGAAGAAAUGCUUGACAAUGGAUUUCCUUUGGCUACUGAGUCAAACAUCCUCAAAGAACUGAUAAAGCCUCCCACUAUCCUUCGGACGGUUGUCAAUACCAUAACAGGAAGUACCAAUGUGGGCAAUCAGCUUCCAACUGGGCAGCUGUCAGUGGUCCCUUGGCGGCGGACUGGCGUGAAGUACACCAACAAUGAGGCCUAUUUUGAUGUGAUUGAAGAGAUUGAUGCCAUUAUUGAUAAAUCAGGCUCCACAAUCACUGCUGAAAUCCAGGGUGUGAUUGAUGCCUGUGUCAAGCUGACCGGGAUGCCAGACCUCACGCUUUCCUUCAUGAACCCUAGGCUGCUGGACGAUGUCAGCUUCCAUCCUUGCGUUCGUUUCAAGCGCUGGGAGUCUGAGCGGAUCCUCUCCUUCAUCCCUCCUGACGGGAACUUUCGCCUUCUUUCCUACCAUGUCAGUGCCCAGAAUCUGGUUGCAAUUCCAGUGUAUGUGAAACAUAAUAUCAGUUUCCGGGACAGUAGUUCACUUGGACGCUUUGAAAUAACAGUGGGACCCAAGCAGACGAUGGGGAAGACCAUAGAGGGAGUGAUCAUCCUCAGCCAGAUGCCCAGAGGGGUCCUGAAUAUGAGCCUCACUCCAUCCCAGGGGACACACACAUUUGACCCAGUGACAAAGAUGCUGUCUUGGGAUGUAGGAAAAAUUAAUCCUCAAAAGCUUCCAAGUUUGAAAGGGACUAUGAGUCUGCAGGCUGGAGCUUCCAAACCAGAUGAAAACCCCACAAUUAACCUGCAGUUUAAGAUCCAGCAGCUGGCCAUUUCUGGACUCAAAGUGAAUCGUCUGGAUAUGUAUGGAGAAAAAUACAAACCCUUUAAGGGCAUAAAAUACAUGACCAAAGCUGGGAAAUUCCAAGUUCGAACCUGAAGGGAGUUUUGUAGAAGGAAAAAUCAUGAACACUUUUUCGUUUCUUACUUGUCUAAAAGUAAAAAAUAUCAGCCUGUCUCUUAGGUCAGUCUCCCCCAGGGCUCACCAGCUCCCUUUUGUCCUUAGCCUUGAGUGCCAUGGAACUAAUCAAGAGAGAAAAGGUUGCCAGGGAGAUUGGGACAGAACCAAAACAUCAGCACCAGCUCAAUUCUCAAGGAGGUGUGUGAUGAAAGAUGGUGAUACUGACCUCAUAGUUAACUACUCUUAAUGUGGUUAUUGUAGAAAAAGAUCAGCAUUUGUUGCUUCCUUGGCUUUAAUUAUCUAAAGUCAGUGAAAGAUUACUUUAUUGAUUUUUUUAAGGUAGAAAGAUAAAUAAGAAGGAAAGGAAAGGAAGAGAUUAGGUGGAAAAUGAAUGUUGACGAAAUCCCAGCUAAGAUGGAUCUGUGAGGCUGAGGUUGUGCUCUGUGGUAAAGUGCUUGCUUAGCAGGCUUUGGCGCUUUGUGUGUGUGUGUGUGUGUGUGUGUGUGUGUGUGUGUGUGUGUGUCCUAUGAAGAAGAAGAAAGGGGAAAUCAUAUUAAAGAAGAGUUGUGAGGAAGAUGGGCAAAGAAAAGUGAUCAACUAUGUAAGGAGGUUUGGGAAGAGUAGAGUUGAGUUGGUUUCUUUCUGAUCCCUCUGCUCUAAUAUAAAAAUCCUUUGUACUUCUAGAAAUGAAUUGGAGCCUUCUUAAAUCCAAGUCCACUCUUGACAUGGAAACCCCAGUAGAAUCAUUUUCCCUUGAAGACUAUGAUGAUAUUGGACUGGCUUUCAGGUUCUAACUGUUGCUUGCCUUUAAUACUUGGUCUGUCAUCUUCUGUGAGAAGAUGAUCUACUUUUUUGCCAAAAAAGUUUUACUCACAUCACUCUACAGAAUGCACCAGCCUUUUCUGGUUACUUGAUCCUUCUUCAGAACUUCCUAAACAGUAGAAGAGUUUCAGUGCAGCCAGAUUUUAUGAGUCAUAGCACUGGAAUGGAGAUGGCAGCUCAUUCCCCGGGAAGGGGGUGCACAGCUGUAGCCCAGUGACCCCUGUUCACAGGUACCCCUGCUGGGCUGCUAAUGGGUCCUCAGCCUUCCUUCCUGAAGCUUCUCCAUCAGUAGCCCUGAAUAAAAAGACUACUCACUAGUAAGGGUGUGAUAGAUCACUAAAGCUGCAUGGUAAAGUUAUUUCCUCUGUCUUGUGUUUGGUACUCUCCUCUAUAUCUAUUAAUAGUAACUGUCUACAGUCCACUUUUAAGACAAUUUCCUUAAAUCUUUGAAUAAAAUUAAUGCUGUAAGAAGACAGGCCAUGUUGAUGGUGUGUCACCAAAUCAAUGUAAGAACAUGGCAACUUGAGAACUACUUAAGGCUUUCCGAAUGGCUAAUUUUUAUUCUGCUCCCAUAUAUUAAUUACCCACUUUAGUAUCUAGAUAGAAGGCAGGUUUGGGGGUUUUAUUAUUUUUGAGUUGUAGCUUAGGGAAUGAUACUGUGCUCUAUAUUGUGCAUGGAGAAAAAGGAAGACCUGUGUUCUCCAAAAUGUAGGUCUCUGAAGUCCCAUUUUCAAAUACUUGAGUUGUUUUGUUUGUUUGUUUGUUUUGACCAGUUUUAUCUUGCUGCUGCUUCCAGGAAUUAUUUAAGCUGCAGAGUGAUAUUGCUUUGUGGUUUUCCUCUGGGAUAAAUUGUGCUGUGUACAGCCAGAUGUGUCUCGUACUCCAUCACUCCAGAAUUUUCCCUGGAUUACCAUAGCACACAUAGACCUCCUUGGUGGGGAAGUGUCUCUACCUGGGGACUCCAGAAAGCACUUCUCCUGUGGGAUCUGAAGGACUUUAUAAGGUUUCUUAGGUCACGGGAUACAGCUAAUCUUGGUUCCUGAAUACUUUCAGGUUUAUAAGUACAGCUGUUUUAUUUCCUCUAGGGCAACUCAUCCUGUUUUAUAGGGUAUACUAAGAGAAAGUAAAGUGUAGGCAAAGCAUGUGUGAAGUGCUACACAUGGAUGUGGCCGACAAGUGUCACACCUGCCACCCUCCAGUGCUUCGGUCGGCAUGAGUCAUGCAAGGCAUCUCACAGCUAUUCAGUUCCGUGUGUGCUUAACAUGUACUAGAGUAGCUUGAAAGUAAUAAAGUUGAGUUUUUCCAGUG